ACGAUGAUGUGUCUACCAGCUUUCAGCUGAUUACUGGUUGGUUGAAGCGGGGAGGUUUGCCUAAUGGCGUAGCUGGAAACAUUACAACAAGAUGCUCCUGAGUAAUAUUCUCAGUAUCAUUUGGUCUGCAUAAAGCAGCUAAUGAUGCAGUGAGGGCCCAAAUGAUUCUGCUGUGGAUUUCGUAGAGACCUUUUAUCCUUCCAAAUCCCCAUUUUUUUUCUUCCCAGCAUAGUGGCAUCAUUCCCUACUGGAUUAUGUCUGCAGCACAGACACAGAAUGACAAUGAGCAGCGCUGGAGCUGCCUGGAGUCUCUGGGUCUCAGUCCCAGAGAGCUGGUUCUGGCUGAGGCUUUGCAAAUGGAGUAUGAUGCGCUUUCACGCCUUAAACAGGACAAAGAUCCUGCUGGGAGGGGAGAGUCAGAGAGUAGCAAGACCAUGCCAUCCAGGAAUACACAAUCUAGACGUAUCCCCAGCCCACCUGGGACAAACUUGUGCCAAGGGCUUUCAGGGUCUGAUCCAAUACUCAACCUCAUACAGCCUGGAGUUUCCAGCCCAUCAAGGUCAAACAUGGAUCCUCAUAGCUACAGUAAGGAACCCCUCUAUAUCCUGGAAAAUCCUGGGAAGAAUGAUUAUGAAAGGAUGACCGAAGGGCUUUCGAAGGGAUUGCCACCUCCGGAUGAACCUCCUCCAGCAAUUCCACCAAGGAAUCCAAUACCUCAACAAGACUCGUUCCACCUCUGCAGGGGUUCAGCUCCCAGAGACGUGAACCUGUUCAGCCCAGAGGUGGACCAACCCAAGCUUCCCUCUGGAGAAACCCUGAACUAUGACAACCUGAAUGACUCCCUUAUGAGGCUCAGUGGUCGGCAGUCACCUAGGCAACAAAAAGUGAAUGGCGACCAAUCUGGGAAGCCUGUUGCUCGCAGCAAGACGCUACCCCCUCAGGUUCCACCUCGCACCUACUUGCCUGGACAAAAGGGCAUCCGGAACAACCGCAGGGUGUCAGCUGAUCCAGUGUCUCUUCGAUCCAGGCACAAUGGCUAUGAGCUCUUCCAGGUUUCUGAGGAGCGUGAUGAGGAGGUGGCUGCCUUCUGUCAUAUGCUUGAUGUGUUGCGCUCUGCUUACCCAUGCACAGACCGCUCCAAGAAUGCAGGCUUUGUGUGGAGCCCAUGUGUGGCGCAGGAGGAGUUGCAGCAGGGACUCGGGGUCAGCAUAAAGGUCACUGUCAUUGGUGAGCACAUCCGAGAGCCACUCAUCUUCACCUGUGAUGGUUCAUCCACCAUUGACCUGCUAAUAUACCAGACCUUGUGCUAUGCCCAUGACGACCUGGACCUAGUCGAUGUGGACGACUACCUGAUGAAAGUGUGCGGCCAAGCCGAGUAUCUCAACAACUCUCAGACUUUGGCUGGACUUGAAUAUAUCCAGCAGUGUCUGAAGUUUGACUGGGAUGUUCAGCUUUUCCUCACCAAAAGAAGCUCAGUUAACAUGGAGUUAGCCCGCACUGCUGAAGACGAUGAGACUGCAUCCUCCCUGAACCAUGCCAUCAUGCUGCAGGAGAGGCCCAUCAAGCAGACUGUGACAAGGGAGGCACUAACUUUGCUUCUGGACACUUUUCAUAAUGAGGCAGAGUCCUUCAUGUUAUCAGAGGCUGAAUUGCAGUUGCACGUGGAACGUUUGGUUCAGUCUGUCAAGGCUCUGUGCAGCUCACUGGCUGCUGUGGAAACGCCCGACAUCACCUCAGCCCUGAAUCAGCUGCCUGCUUGCCCAUGCAGACUGCAGCCUAGAGUGCAGAAGGAUGUGAGCAUGCUGAUGAAAAGAGAAAACAGAGAGAAAAUAGUUGAGAGGUUGACGGCUGCCAUCUUGGAUCUGGUGGAGCUCUACUGCAGCACGUUCAAUGCCAACUUCCACACUGCUCCACACAGCAGCCGGCCCACAGUUCCAAUCCAGGAGGCAGGCAUGGUUACCAACGUAUUGUCCUUCAACAUUUACGCUGCACACCGCGUCCCCAUAACCUGGGCCGCCAGUUAUGAAGGGUUCUUUCUUUCGUGUUCUCUUACCCAUGGGGGAAACGAACUGUGUGCCCCCCAGCAUACAAGCAAACAGUCAGUCAGCAAAUACCUCUUUCAUCUGGUGGUUUGGGACCAAAGGAUUUGCUUCCCGGUGCAGAUCAACCAGCUGCCACGGGAGUCUCAGCUAACAGUGACUCUGUAUGCGACUCCGUUACCACCCCCUGGAGCAGAGGACAAGAGCAAGCAGAAAGCCCGCAACAUGGAGGCCCUGGGCUGGGUCACAAUGCCGCUGUUCAACUUUCAACACAUUUUGACGUGUGGAAGGAAGCUGUUAGGUCUUUGGCCGUCAACCCCAGGAAGCGGAAACACCCGGUCCAGCACGCCCAACUUCAGCCAGCCAGAUAGCGUCAUCCUGCAGGUGGACUUUCCGACGUCAUCGUUCGAGGUGUGUUUUAGCACCCCUCCACCGGCCGAGUUCAGUCCUCAGUACGAGUUCUCCAGACUGGAUCAGAGCAGCCAGAGACAGCUCCAAGACAUCCUGAAUAAGAAGUCUCUCUUCUGGUUGACACCAGAGCACAAGCGUCUGCUGUGGGAAAAGCGUUACUUCUGCCACGCAGAGAGCAGCCGCUUACCCAUGAUUCUCGCCAGCGCCCCCAGCUGGGAGUGGGCAUGUCUGCCUGACAUCUACGCCCUCCUGCGCCAGUGGGCAUGUACAAACCACCUGGAUGCACUAGGCCUGCUGCACGCCACGUUUCCAGAUCAGGAGUGCAGGCGCACAGCUGUCCAAUGGAUGGACUCCAUCUCUGACUCUGAGCUCUUGGAUUUUCUCCCACAGCUGGUGCAGGCGCUGAAGUAUGAGUGUUACCUUGACAGUCCGUUGGUGCGCUUCCUGUUACGCAGAGCCAUUGGAGACGUGCGUGUUGCUCACUGCCUUUUCUGGUUACUGAAGGACACACUGCAGGACUCCCAGUUCAGCGUACGUUAUCAGCACCUGCUGGCCGCAUUGCUUUGCUGCUCAGGCCAAGGCCUCCGUGAAGAGUUUGACCGCCAGUGCUGGCUCAUCAACAUCCUGGCUAAAGUCGCACAGCGUGUCCGAGACUCCUCUCCAUCAUCCAGACAGGCUCUUCUGAGAGAGGGAUUGGAUGAGGUCAAGCACUUCUUCUCCUUAAACAGCAGCUGCCGCCUUCCUCUUAACCCUGGCCUGCUAGUCAAGGGCAUUAACAUACAGUCCUGCUCCUAUUUCAACUCCAAUGCUGUGCCACUUAAGCUCUCAUUCCAGAACAUGGACCCACUGGGAGACAACAUCAAUGUCAUCUUUAAGUCAGGAGAUGACCUGCGGCAGGACAUGCUCACCUUGCAGACCAUCCGUAUCAUGAACAAAAUCUGGAUCCAGGAGGGCUUGGACAUGAGGAUGGUCAUCUUCCGCUGCUUUUCCACGGGUCGGAGCCGAGGCAUGGUGGAGAUGAUCCCCAAUGCCGAGACCUUGAGGAAGAUCCAAGUAGAGCACGGGGUCACCGGCUCCUUCAAGGACCGCCCGCUGGCUGACUGGCUGCAAAAACACAACCCCACUGAGGACGAGUAUGAGAAAGCAGUAGAGAACUUCAUCUACUCCUGUGCAGGCUGCUGUGUGGCCACCUACAUCCUGGGUAUCUGUGACCGCCACAAUGACAACAUCAUGCUGAAGAGCAGUGGCCACAUGUUCCACAUUGACUUCGGCAAAUUCCUGGGCCAUACGCAAAUGUUUGGCAACAUCAAACGGGACCGGGCUCCUUUCGUUUUCACAUCAGACAUGGCUUACGUGAUUAACGGAGGUGACAAGCCUUCGAGUCGCUUUCAUGACUUUGUUGACUUGUGUUGUGAGGCGUACAACCUCAUAAGGAAACACGCACAUCUGUUCCUCAACCUGCUAGGCUUGAUGCUGUCCUGUGGCAUUCCUGAGCUGUCAGAUCUAGAAGAUUUAAAGUAUGUUUACGAUGCACUGAGACCACAUGAGUCUGAGGCUGAUGCCACCAUGUACUUCACCAGGUUGAUUGAGUCCAGUCUGGGCAGCGUGGCCACAAAACUCAACUUCUUCAUCCACAACCUUGCCCAGAUGAAGUUCGCCUCAUCCGAGGAGCGACCCGUUCUGUCCUUUGCGCCCCGAGUCUACACACUGAAAAGCGACGGCCUCAUUCGCAGUCUGUUUGUGUGCCGCCACAUCAAAACCUACAGCCCCAACAAGGGUUAUACAUAUGUGGUGAAAGUGGAGCGUGAGGGCCAGCAGGGGGCGACGUUGGUUCAGAGGAGUUUUGAGGAGUUCCAUGAGUUACACAGCAAACUGCGCCUCAUCUUCCCUUCUUCCAAAUUACCCAGCUUCCCUAGCCGUUUUGUGAUUGGCCGCUCUCGCGGGGAAGCCAUGGCUGACCGAAGGAAAGAUGAGCUGAACGCCUACGUGUGGCAUCUGAUCCACUCGGCUGCUGAGGUUGCUCAGUGUGACCUGGUCUACACUUUCUUCCAUCCGUUACCAAGAGAUGAGCGGCCAGUAGGAACUGCUGUAAACACACUGGGGAACAAACCAACAGACGGUUCUUGUAAUCCUGAUCCCGGUAAAGUGGCUGGUGAAGUGAAACUGUCUAUUUCCUAUAAGAGCAACAAGCUUUUCAUUAUGGUGAUACACAUACGAGGCCUGCAACCCUUGCAGGAUGGCACUGAUCCGGAUCCAUACGUCAAACUGUACCUGCUCCCUGAUCCCCAGAAAACAAGCAAGAGGAAGACAAAGGCAGCUCGCCGCACUUGCAACCCCACGUAUAAUGAAAUGCUGGUGUAUGAUGGGAUACCACGUGGGGACCUAAGCCAGAGGUCAAUACAUCUUCGAGUGCUGGGUGACGGAGCAUUCUGGGAAAACACGCUGCUGGGGGAGGCAUUUAUUCCUUUAAAGGAUCUAACACCAGGACAGCACUGGGUGGACUGGCACCAGCUGAGCACAGGCAGCUCCGACAGCAGCCGCUGACAGAAACACACAGUUGUAGAGACACUAGGUGACGCACUGCUCGCUGUAUUCUGAUCAGCGGGUGUGAAUCGGUGGAUCCCUGUAAAGGGAAAUGACUCCUGAAACAUAUUGAGGAGCAUGGAGGAGUGUCUGUUGUUGCAUUGGGGUCUGCGUAGAAGGAAGUAUUUUCCCCACACUGGGGGUGUGUGUAGCUGAUUCUCCUGACCUGGAGACGUGUAGACUCUGUGACAGAAAGACUUCAUGUGCUAGUUGUAUUGGGUUUUUUUUCUUGCUCUCUUCACAGACCAUGAGAAUAAGACAUGGCUGAAAUAGCUGUGCUUGAGAUAAACCGUUGACUCUCUUGGAUGCAGAACAUGGUCCAGAAGGCCCUGAAAACAUCGUCCAUUGUACAACCUCACAGAUUCCUGUUAAGAGAGAGGAAGUGAAAUGUUAACUUAUUUCAUUUUAAGAUGUUCUUUUAUUUUGGCUCGAUUUGGAGCUAGCCUUUGUUAUGACGUUUAUGUCUCUGUGAUUUAGAUUAUUACAGAUUUUUACCUAGUAAGUAAUAAAAAGGGAGUUAGGGAGUAAAAUUGUAAAAUGAUUUGAUUUCGCAUCGCUGGUUGCAGGGAUCUAGCAUAUCUGGGAAAAACUAAAACACUUGAGAUUCUGGGGCAUUGCAAACUUGUGUUGUAGUCAUGCAAAGUCGAAUUCAGUCCACUUGUCCAACCUCUCUGGUAUGAAUGACAAAAAUAGCUCUAUAACAAACUUUUGCUUAUUGUUCACAUCUUUUCUUUUCUUUAUUUAAACAAGCACCAGGCUUUGAGUAGAUACAGAAUAGAUGCAGUGAUUUUCAGAUAAUAGCCCUGAGCUUUCUGUAAAAAUCUAGUGGGACUUAUGUAGGUUGGUGCACUUCAGAUUGUACCACAAAACAUCUAGUGACUUUAACAUGCCUUUUCAUGUAUAAGUAAGAAAGUGGUUUAAAAUGGAUCCUUCUUUUUUUUUUUUAACCAACACUGUUAAUGAUCCUAAUGUGAUCCCAUGCCAUGGCUGGGUGAUAUGUACAACGAUCCAGGUUAAAAUUCAACAAAAAAAAACUAUAAAAGCAUUCUGAUUACAUUGUUUAUUUGUGCAAUGACUUUCCACCAAUGUACAGUGAUAUAAACAUGCUAUAUAAAACAUGCUGGAUUUCCAGGUGAAUUCUA